GCGGAAGAAGGAUGUGGAGUUUGAGCAAGCGAAGCUGCGGGAGAGCGAGGACCUUGCCAGAAAGGAGGCCACCAUCGAGACCAAGAAGCAGCAGGACCUGCAGAAGAGACGGAGCCAGUACAGGCAAGAACUGGUGGACCAGAUGGUCAUGCGCCAGGCGGGCAAGCUUCACGGCCAGAUGGUGCGGGAAGAUGCCAUGA